CUCUAAUAUAAAUCACAAUGUAAAUAAACAGUUUUAAUAACUUGUAUGUGUAGGACGGCUGAAAUUUUUUCCCUCCUCGUUUUGCUACCCAGGCCAACCUAAACGAACUUGGGCCGGACCGGUUUUACCUAGGCCAAGAGCCCACCCACCCGCUAAAUGGCAAACCCACCACGGCCACCAUUUCGCCACCGCUUCCUUCCCCGAUGCCGUCGUCGACGAUCCGGAGCAUCUCCAUCACAGUGUCCGACGACGACGGCGCCACGGCGCCGGCGGCGCCGGCCCCCCUACGAGCCCGCGCCGGACGGAGGAAGGUGGCGCGCGGCCUCGGGCAGCGGGCUGUCCGGCUGGUAGCGCGGUGGUGGCCCGUUCUCCUGCUCCUCCCGGCCGUCGCGCUGCUCCUCUUCGAGGCCUCGCGGCUCCGCGCCUCGCCCACGGCCCCCGGCCCGCCCGUCUCCAGCCUCGGACGGCUCGACCCGACCACGCGCCUCGUCCGUGGCGUGCGCGAGCCUUGCUUGAAGCUCCUUAGUCCCAAAAGUUUAGCAAAUUUGGCAUUUCCUGAAGGCACAGGACUUGAUUAUCUGGUGAAGACGAUCAUAUACAAGUCUGAUGAUGACGACUAUGACACAUACCGCUCUGAGGCAGACUCUACAUAUUUACUGCAGCAUGCAGAAGCAUCAAGGUUUAAUUUGUUUACAGGAUUUCAGACACUUACUGAAAGAGAAGAUGGCUUCAAGGUGAAUGGGACUGUUAAUGUGCACUGCGGUUUCUACAGCGACAAUGGUGGCUUCAAAAUGUCUGAUGAAGACAGGAGAUACAUGAGAGCUUGUAAAGUUGUUGUGUCUACCUGCGCAUUUGGUGGUGGGGAUGAUCUGUAUCAGCCUAUUGGAAUGACCAAUUCUUCUAUUGGCAGGGUUUGCUACGUGGCUUUUUGGGAUAAGGUGACACAAUCAACUCAGGAAGCUGAAGGAAAGAUAAUAGGUGACAACGGCAUGAUAGGAAGGUGGCGUAUCAUUGUUGUAAAGAGCGUCCCUUUUGUGGAUCAACGAUUAAAUGGAAAGAUACCAAAGAUGUUGAGUCAUCGUCUUUUCCCAGAAGCAAGGUACUCCAUUUGGGUGGACUCUAAAUACCAAUUUCGUAGGGAUCCUAUAGGAGUGCUCGAAGCUCUUCUUUGGAGGACAAACUCUACCUUUGCUAUUUCUGAACAUGGAGCACGGAGUAGCAUUUAUGAUGAGGGGAAAGCUAUUGUUCAAAAGCACAAGGCUACUCCUGAAGAAGUAGAGGUGCAGUUAACUCAGUAUCGUCAAGAUGGUAUGCCAGAUGAUAAAAGAUUACACGGAUUGAAAGCUUUAGCUGAAGCCUCUGUUAUUGUGAGGGAGCUCACCCCUGGAACGAACCAUUUCAUGUGUGCUUGGUUCAAUGAAGUGGUCCGCUUCACAUCUCGGGAUCAACUCAGUUUUCCAUAUGUUUUAUGGCGUCUAAAUAUGCCCGGAAUCAGCAUGUUUCCUGUAUGCACUCGCAGGGACCUUGUCAACAGUUUGGGUCACACAAGGAAAGUAAAACCUCUUACACAGAUGAACUCAGAGUCUUCUGCCUCAUGACAUUAUUUUCCUCAUUCAUUUGCUGAUAGUCAACUAACCGUUGAUUUACGUGUGGUUCUAGUCCUUGACAUCUCUUGAUCCACAAUUUUGUUGUAAAUUAUUCUUUUCAUUUUCCUCUAAGAAUCAUGACUUGUACAUGGACCUGAACCUGAUACACAUUAAGCUGGUACUUUAACUGCAUCUACCUGUAAAAAUAUCGUUUUCUUUGGUAAGAAUAAAAAUAUUCCGCCUUUACUUUUUACUAAUA